UCGGUCAGUAAGUCUCUAACCAACAAUCACUCGACACCGAGCACAUCCAGUCAGUGGUCACUGACUACAACGGACAGACCGAGUCAGUAGAAGUGGCUGACUAUCGUCGUACUGUCUAAGACAAAUGGUGACCAGUCGAAUUUGUCCGACCAGGUCUAUGGAAUUCGUCGUUUCGCCCCGUAUCGUCUUUCUUCCCUUCGUUCUUUCUUGAGAUACUUUGACACAACCCUAUCUCGGUUUUUUCCUAUCUUCGUCCGUGGAGGAUUAUUGAGAAUAAUCGUGGUUCGAGGAAAAAAGUGUGUCGAAAGUGCUGCUCGCGUUCGCCGGUUCUGAACAUUCGUCCUUGAACAUCUGCUCGAUUCGGUUUACUGGAGAUCGGCCAGCAACGUGGAGCACGUGGAGGCAAAAUGCACAGAUCCGUGAUAGGACGGACACGAUCCGCGAUAAUCGGGCUCUUGCUGCUACUGGCGACCUGGCGAAACAACGAUAGCUGCGACGGCCUGCAAUAUCAGCCGGUUGAGGUUUAUGCAAACGGCGAUGACUGCGCGUUGAUCCUCAGCGGGCCAGGGAGGACCAGCGUCUUCGAUUACACAUACAAUUUGCUACGUGGCUCCUUCCCAGCGACAGCUGGAUCGCAGACAUGCAUCACCUACGACGCUGUGAAUCGCGCCUACAUCGAAGCCAGAAAACGCAUCAAUGUGGCGCAACCCAAGAGCAAAAUGUGGCGACCGGAGGAUCUGGCUACGGUCGGCGAACUUCUGCUGGAUAUCAGUUCCAACCUUGCUCAAACAUAUGGACUAACUUUCGAGGAGAUCGAGAAGAGUCUACCUCUAAUCGACACUUCGAAGACUUUGAUCCGCGAUGUGUGCCCAGCUUUCCUAAGCAACGUGGAGUGUCGAGCUGGGAAAUAUCGAAGAAACGACGGUCUGUGCACGAAUUUACAGAAUCCAACGUGGGGCUCCACUUUAUCCCCUUUCCAAAGAUUGAUGAGUCCACGAUUUGCGGACGGCUUAACAGCACCUAGAAUAUCGGAAACAGGUCAUGAUUUACCAUUAUCACGAGUGGUGUCACGCACCAUGCAUCCUGAUGAGGGUUAUCACGAUCACGCUGGCACAGUCAUGGUCAUCGCCUGGGGACAGUUUAUGGAUCACGACUAUACGCUGACUGGCACCCCUCUAGAUCCCCUGAACCGAAACGACCCGGAGGAAUGUUGCCAUCGGCCACAACACCUGAAGAAUCCGUACUGCAACGAGAUCCAUAUACCGGAAGACGAUUAUUUCUACAGGCUAUUCGGCGUGAAAUGCAUGGACUUCGUUCGCGCCUUUCCAGCCGUUCGACCUGGUUGCAGACUUGGCUCCCGUGUGCCUUUUAAUCUUCUGACAGGUGUGCUUGACGGGAACACCGUCUAUGGUAUCUCGGAAUCAUUCGCCAGGAAGCUUCGCGCUGGUUAUGGAGGAUUGUUACGCAUGAACCCAGUGUUCUCCGAGUAUGGUUUGAAGGAUUUACUGCCACUCAAGCUGGACAUUCCCGACGAGGGCUGCACUCGACCGAAUCGAUCGAUGUACUGUUUCGAAGCAGGUGAGAUAAGAGUGAACGAGCAACUUGUGCUAACCUGCAUGCACACCUUGAUGGCGCGAGAACACAAUCGAAUAGCGAAGACCUUGAUUCAAAUUAACCCUCAUUGGGACGACGAGACACUGUACCAAGAGGCAAGACGAAUCGUUAUUGCUCUGAUUCAACACAUCACCUACAACGAAUUUCUGCCCAUUCUACUUGGUAAAGAUGUCAUGGAGAAAUUUGGCCUUCUUCUUGAGAAAAAUGCAUACUGGGACGGUUACGACGAAAGCGUGAACCCAGCAGUGAUCGAUGCUUUCGCUGCUGCAGCCUUCAGAUUCGGCCACUCGUUAUUGCCAACGGCAGUGGAAAGAUGGAGUAAAGCUCAUAAAUUUAUCGCCUCGAAGAGACUGUCAGACUUAAUUAGAAGACCGUUUGACCUGUACCGUGCUGGAGUUUUCGACGAGUACGUCAUGGGAUUGAUGAACCAAGUUGCUCAAGCUAUGGACGAUUCUAUCACGCAAGAAGUGACGAAUCACUUAUUCAAAAAAGUUGGAGCUAAAUUUGGACUGGAUUUGGUCUCAUUCAACAUGCAACGAGGUCGUGAAUUUGGUAUUCCAAGUUACAUGGAAUUCAGAAAAUUCUGCGGACUUCCGUGGGCAGACACCUUCGACGAACUACACGGUUCCAUGCCAAACGAGACCAUCAAACGCUACAGCUCGAUCUUCGAUCGUCCAGCUGACGUGGAUCUGUGGUCCGGUGGUGUAUCCGAGAGGCCACUUCCGGGUAGCAUGCUCGGUCCAACCUUCGCCUGUAUAAUCGCCACGCAAUUCAGCUAUUCCCGUCGUGGUGACCGAUUUUGGUACGAGUUGCCGAAUCAGCCAUCGUCCUUCACUCUCGAUCAACUAAACGAAAUUCGCAAAGUGCAGCUUGCUAGAGUGAUCUGCGACAAUACGGACCUGAUCGACACCAUACAGAUAUAUCCCAUGGUGUUGCCCGAUCAUGAAAUAAACCCACGAGUACCAUGUCGAAGCGGCGUGCUACCAAGCAUGGACCUGAGCAAAUGGGCGGAAUUCCCGACCGCGAAUCAAGCGCAAUACCGAUUGGUGGAGGAGCACUUGCUUGAUGUACCAAGAGAGCCAACGAGACCGGAAAAGGUGCGGAACCAAUACGACAGACAACAGGUUUUGCAACUCUUCUUUGAGAGCAUUAACGGCAUUGCUUCGUAUCUGGGAUUCAGAAAAUAAUCGCGCACCAACAACUAAGUAUGGAGCACCGAGGGUGAAUCACAAUCGCACAGAGAUUAUAUUUAAUUUUCUCGAACAGAGAGUAUAUUUAUGUUACUCAUUUUCCAUUUAUAUAUGUUCGAUGUCGAGAAAAAUGCUUGUGAUCAAUUUACAUGAUUUUAUAAUAGCAGAAGAAGUUUCUUUUAUUAUAAGUAUUUUUGUUUAGAUUAUAUAGAGUAAAUAAUACGCAUUGUCGUGUUAUCAACGUUGUACGAAGAGAAGAGAAAUAAAUUGUUUCGUUCACCCUCGUACUGUCACGCACAUUCGAGCACUUUAAGACACUGCCCAUUUAUAUUUAUGUUCUAUGAAAAUAUUGACAGAGUUGAUGAUAAUUCUAACGCAGCAAGUAUCAUACCAAGCACGUAGCUAGCAUAAGCAACACGAUUCAACACACAUUAUCAAAAUCUGCGAACAUAAUUUUAACUCCAUGAACAUCUUCGCAUUAAGAAUACUGUGUUUGGAUCCUUCGGAGCUAAUAUCGGCCAAACAACCUACUUAAGCCGAUGAAACUUCGAGCCAUAAAUAACUACCCUUUUAUAGGAUUCAACAAUCACUUUGGAGAGAGGGUUAACAACUAAUACACUAGCGCUGAAACACGUAGUAAUUUAUACGAUACUAUACAUAUUUUAUAUCCGUGUGGCUUCCUUCUUAUACGAUCGCGUAUACAAUUUAUCGAACCAGUACGUUCUUUUUCUAUCGUCGUUAUAGACGUACCACUUUUUCCCCAUCAUCUUCUACCCUGUCUUCGUUUAAUUGUAGUAUACAAAUAAGAGAAAAGGCGAAAUGUGGAGCGUGAAUCUAGCAUUUAUCUCAGUGUUUGCUUCAAGUGUUAUUGUAUUAUUAUAUACAAUGUAUAUACACGCGUGCACGAUGGCUCAUGGAAUAAAUUUCAUAUUACGGAAGACUAUACGAUUGUUUAAAGCGAAGAUAGAGAAAAAAGGGAACGGCGAUUUCUGAGCCACUGUACACUCGUACUCUUUUAGUUUGUAAUUGAAUUUUGUACAGUUUAAGUAUCGUGAACGAAUAAAGUCACAUUAACGAGAGUGCCAUUUA